AUGAAUCAAGAUGCAGAGAUUACGCAGCUGAAGUCUGAGCUGCAAGAUGCGGAGCGCAGACAAUCUGAAGAAGUUGUGAAACUUGCUGGAGAUGUGAGGAAAUUGGAGCAGCAAGUCAAGAUGUACAACGAUCUUCUUCGGGGCAGCAAGAGCCAGGAAACCGCCAGCUGCACCCCGCAAUAG